GCUGCGACGGCGCCAAGCAGGAGUUGGUUGAGGUUGUUGAUUUCUUGAAGAACACCUCGAGGUACUCAGACCUGGGUGCCAAGAUUCCAAAGGGUGCUUUGUUGGUGGGCCCUCCCGGUACUGGAAAGACCCUGCUCGCCAAAGCUGUCGCGGGAGAGGCUGGCGUGCCAUUCUUCAGCAUUUCGGCUUCCGAGUUUGUGGAGAUUUUCGCGGGAAUUGGUGCAUCUCGUGUGCGUGAUCUCUUCGAGCAGGCCAAGAAGUCGGCCCCGUGCAUCAUUUUCAUCGACGAGAUCGAUGCAGUGGGCCGCCAGCGCAGUGCUGGCUUUGGCCAAGGUAACGAUGAGCGUGAGCAGACG